AUGGUUAAAGUACGAAAAACUUCAAAACCACCACCCGAUGGAUGGGAUUUAAUUGAACCAACAUUAGAUGAAUUAGAAGCUAAAAUGCGUGAAGCUGAAUUAGCACCACAUGACGGUAAACGUAAAGUUGAAACAUUAUGGCCUAUAUUUAAAAUUCAUCAUCAAAAAUCACGUUAUAUCUAUGAUCUUUAUUAUAAACGUAAGACAAUAAAUAAAGAAUUAUAUGAUUAUUGUUUAAAACAAUCGAUUGGUGAUAAAAAUUUAAUUGCACAAUGGAAAAAACAAGGUUACGAAAAUCUUUGUUGUCUUCGAUGUAUUCAACCACGUGAUACAAAUUUUAAUAAAAAAUGUAUUUGUCGUGUACCAAAAGAAAAAUUAGAAGAAGGCAAAGUUGUUGAAUGUGUUCAUUGUGGAUGUCGUGGAUGUUCGGGUUAA